UAUAUAGGGAAAAACUUUGAAAAUCUUCUUGUCCAAAACCACAGAGCCUAGGGCUUUGAUAUUUGGUAUGAAGCAUCAUCUAGUGGUCCUCUACCAAGAUGAUUCAAAUUAUUUCCCUGGGGUCUAAUAUGGCCCCGCCCCGGGGGUCACAUGGUUUAUAUAGACUUAUAUAGGGAAAAACUUUGAAAAUCUUCCUGUCCAAACCACAAAGCCUAGGGCUUUGAUAUUUGUAAUGUAGCAUCAUCUAGUGGUUCUCUACCAACUUUGUUAAAAUUAUCCCCCUAGGGUCAAAUAUGGCCCCGCCCUGGGGGUCACAUGGUUCAUGUAGACUUAUAUAGGGAAAAGCUUUUAAAAUCUUCUUGUCAAUAACCUACAACAUUCAAAUUUGGACCACAUGUAUGGUUUUGAGUGGCAAGAUGAACCUUGACAUGAGUUGACCUUGAUUUUGACCUAGUGACCUACUUUCACAUUUCUGUAGCUACAGCCUUCAAAUUUAGACCACAUGCAUAGUUUUGUGCACUGAAAAAAACUUUGACCUUGACAUUGACCUAGUGACCUACUUUCACAUUUUUGAAGGUGAGGCUUCAAAUUUGGACCACAUGCAUAGUUUCAUGUUCCGAAAUGAAAUUUGACCUUGAUUUUGACCCAGUGACCUACUUUCACAUUUGUCAAGCUACAGCCUUCAAAUUUGGACCACAUGCAUGGUUUUGUGUACCGAAACAAACUUUGACCUUUACAUUGACCUAGUGACCUACUUUCACAUUUUUGAAGGUACAGGCUUCAAAUUUGGACCACAUGCAUAGUUCUGUGUUCCGAAAUAAAAUUUGACCUUGAUUUUGACCUAAUGACCUACGUUCACAUUUCUCAAGCUACAGCCUUCAAAUUUGGACCACUUGCAUAGUUUUUUUGUACCGAAAUGAACUUUGACCUUAAGAUUGACUUAGUGACCUACUUUCACAUUUCUGUAGCUACAGGCUUCAAAUUUAGACCACAUGUAUAAGAUUGUGUACUGAAACAAACUUUGACAUUGACAUUGACCUAGUGACCUACUUUCACAUUUUUGAAGGUACAGGCUUAAAUUUGGACCACAUGCAUAGUUCUGUGUUCCGAAAUAAAAUUUGACCUUGAUUUUGACCUAGUGACCUACUUUCACAUUUCAUAAGCUACAGCCUUCAAAUUUGGACCACUUGCUUAGUUUUGUGUACUGAAAUGAACUUUGACCUUAAGAUUGACCUAGUGACCUACUUUCACAUUUCUGUAGCUACAGGCUUCAAAUUUAGACCACAUGCAUAAGAUUGUGUACCGAAACAAACUUUGACCUUGACAUUGACCUAGUGACCUACUUUCACAUUUUUGAAGGUACAGGCUUCAAAUUUGGACCACAUGCAUAGAUUUGUGUUCUGAAGUUAAAUUUGACCUUGAUUUUGACCUAGUGACCUACUUUCACAUUUCUCAAGCUACAGCCUUCAAAUCUGGACCACUUGCAUAGUUUUGUGUACCAAAAUAAACUUUGACCUUAAGAUUGACCUAGUGACCUACUUUCAAAUUUCUCAAGCUACAGCCUUCAAACUUGAUGCACAUGCAUAGUUUUGUGUACAAAGAACUUUGUACUUGAAAUUGAUCAAGUGACCUACUUUCACAUUUCUCAAGAUACAGCAUUCGAAUUUGGACCACAUGCACAGUGUUGUGUACGGAAAUGAAAUUUGACUUUGAGCUAGUCAAUAAGUCUUGAAAUUUGGAACACUCAAAAAUGACACAUUGGUGGCACCAAGAUCACUCUGUGAUCUCUUGUUACUAUAAAUAAAUAACACAGAGAGAAAAUCUGUUGUAGUUUUGAAUAUCCUUUUUUCAUCAAUAUGACACAAGGUCCAUAACUCUGGAACCAAUUUUCCAUGAAUUAUGCCCCCUUUUUACUUAGAAUUUCAGGUUUAAGUUUUGGUGCACUUUCACUCUACCUCUGUUAUUUCUAAAUGGAUUUUAUUCAAACUAAAAAUAGUUGUUCCACAUCAUCACUCGCAUCAUAUGACACAAGUGCCAUAACUCUUGCACCAAUAUUUCAUGAAUUGUUCCCCUUUUUUACUUAGAAUUUCAUGUUAAAGUUUUGGUGCAGUUUCACUCUAUCUCAGUUAUUACUAAAUGGAUUUGAUUCAAACUUAAAAUAGUUGUUACACAUCAUCACCCACAUCAUAUGACAUCAUUGAACCAAUAUUUCAUGAAUUAUGGCCCCUUUUUGCUAAGAAUUAUACUUAUUUAAUGUUUUGAUAAUUUUAUCUUUAUCUCUCUUAUUACUUUAUUCUUUUGAAACAAACAUAAGCUAUUGUCCAAUACCUUCAUCCACAUUGAAGUUAUUAAACACUGCAGUGACUGCUCCAGCUUCCUCAGAUGUGCCCAUUUUCACUAUCCAACAUCGAAAUAGUCGAGCAGUCCAGUCAUAAACAUACGCAGUAAUUAAUAGUAGUACCCAUCUUCCUAUGCUUGACCAAUGCUAUAAAUUCAAUAUUUGCAUGUUAUAGCUAGGCCUGGAUAAAAUUAUCCUUAAUGUUUAAGGAAAUUUUACCAUCAGCCGUAUCAAAGAAAGGGUAGUUAUUUAUCUUGGACAUUACUGAAGACGGAAAUGAAAAUGAAUAAAUUACUGCGUACAAAUGACAAGAGUUAAUAUACAUUUGCCUGCAUUACACUAAGAUAAAUUAAACGGUUGUAAACAAUAUAUACAGUCAUAUAUGUCAUUUGUGAUUGUCUGUCUGGGAGAUAAUUAUCUCUAAUUUGUACUGUCAGUAAGAAAUUAAUUAAGAACUUUGGUGCACAUGUAAAAAUGACUGAUGCUGUCAAUCAGUGUCACCCUACAUGGGGAGGCCUUUAUAUAAGUUAAUAGUACAGUGUGUAGGAUAUAUCUGGGACUUUUUCGCCAGUGGAAGAAUAUAUCUUUUUUAUUUAAUCUUGUGGAAAAUAAAGCAUUUAAACAUAUGUGAAUUCGAUUUAUCCAGCGAAGAUGAAGAUUUUUACAUCAACAGCAAUUUUUGGAGUUAUUUAUACAUUCCUUUUGGAAGUGGAAUGCCAACUCGAAAUUGAUGCGUUGUUGGAAGCACAACAAACAUUGAAUGGUGGAGGCGGAGGAAGGGGCUCUGGAAUCGGCCGGGUGAUAGCGCACGGGAUCCGAAGCUCGUUCGUUAACACUGCUUUAAAUGGCGCUGUCAAGUUCAUAGUGGGCGAGACGGCGACUCCUAGUCCGGAAAUGGUGAAUUAUGGCAUGGCGAUGAGAUCUGAGCCGCGGAACCAGGCAGAAAGAGACGUUUACGUGGAAAUGAUGAAAAGAGUUGCGCGGCGCACACCGGAAGUUGUGCGAAAGUAUACGAAGACGGAAACACACAAGAACGGAACUAAAAGUCAUACGGUGGAUUUUAUUGCCCUGGACGCAGACAUAAUUAGGAAGUCAAUAUUAUACGCAAACAUGCGCGCUGCUCGGCGUCAACAACGGGAAAGAGAGCGUCAGCAACAAGCACAACAUCAGUUAGAAAUAAACAUACUUCAUAAUUUACGGGACAUGCGUAUGGGUGCUCUUUAUGGGGCUGGUAUUGGAACAACACCACUAUUUUUUGAUAAUUUUGGAACGGCUACACCUUCUGUAGAUAUUAAUUUACUGGGAAGCUUUGGGCAACAGACAACGCCUUCGCCAGCUCUUAGUGCCAACUCUGUUGGCGGAAAUUAUCAAACAGCGGGAUAGCAAUUUAUUUCAGUAAAAUAACCAUUAACAAUCUUUUUCGUAAUAUGCUAACGACAUAUCUGAGGUAGCAUUAUUAGGUUAUUUAACAUUGUUCUGUACAAU